AUGAAUUCCUCGACAUUUGGCGACGUGGGUGACAUCAAGGUUAUAAGAAUUCCUCGACAUUUGGCGACGUGGGUGACACCAAGGUUAUAUGAAUUCCUCGAAAUUUGGCGACGAGGGUGUCUCCAAGGUAAUAUGAAUUCCUCGACAUUUGGCGACGUGGGUGACAUCAAGGGUAAAGGUAUGAAUACCUGGGGCAACACUUCAAGCAACCUUACGUUUCCCGAGCCGCACAUCAUGACGGUGGUAAAAAAUGGUUCGUUCACGUUUUCUACUAUCUAUGAUGCUGACAUGUAUGGCAAAUACGAAGAUUAUUCUAUAAACAUGUCAAACAUUGACUUCGAUGGGUACGAACUACUGUCAAUGCUGGCCAAGGAAACAGAGCGAAAAUAUGACGAAACAGCUCAGACAGCGAUUAUAAUUGUGUUCUCCAUGCUGAUCCUGUUCGGAUCCGUAGGAAAUGGGUUGGUCUGCUACGUUGUCUUCCGGAAUGCUCACAUGCGGACGCCGCGAAAUAUCUUUAUUAUCAAUCUUGCAAUAUCUGAUCUAACGCUGUGCUUAUUUACGCAACCGUUGAAUUUGUACAGACUUUUAAAUAAUCAAUGGCACCUCGGUGAAUUUAUGUGCAAGUUGUCUGGAAUGUUGCAGGGAACAAAUGUUUUUGUUUCUACCAUAAGUAUCACCGCAAUAGCCCUCGACCGUUUUCAAGUAAUUGUUUAUCCAACGAAGGACAGCUUAAAGAAAAUAGGGGGCGCAGCAUCACUGAUUACGAUUUGGAUCAUCUCUCUGUUAAUGUCAAGUCCUUUAAUUAUAUUUUCGUUAUAUAAUGAGCAUCAAAUAUUUCCUGAAGUUGACUUUCAUAUGUGUUACUGCGUGGAAGACCUAACUUUACGAGCGGAAAAGGGCGCAUACUCCGUGGCUUCAAUGAUGGUACAAUACAUCUUGCCAGUAAUAACUGUCUCCAUAGCCCACGCACGGAUCUGUAAUAAACUUAGAUACCGAAUGGUGAACAGGCGUCCAAGAAGAAGUUCAGGGGAAUUUAACUGCAAUCCAAACCCAAGUAAUAGGCCAUCUGAUAAUAGGACUGCAAGAAAAAGAAAGACCAAUGUAUUAUUGGCCAUGAUUGCAAUAGUGUUCGUUUUAAGCUGGAUGCCGUUGAAUAUAAGUAACAUUCUAGUGGAAUUUCAGUUUCAAAUGUUCCGUGACAAAGGCAUAAUAAACUAUGUGUACCUGGUUUGUCAUAUUUUAGUAUUAAGUUCAGCCUGCUCAAAUCCUGUCCUGUACGGGUGGUUGAACGACAAUUUUAGAAAGGAGUUCAAUAAAGUCCUACAGUGUGGGUGUUUCCGGUGGGUCAAAAACAAGUGGACCUCUGUUAGGACCACCAGAAAGAGAAGUGUACCUGCCGUCUCCUUCGCUAUCGGAGAGAAAGUGGAGGCUACAAAUAACGUUCUAGGACCAUCAAGACGGCCAACGAACACCUCACAGAUGUUUAUGACGACGGAACUAGAUCAAACCUGUCAUCACUCUUUGCUGACAGUGUAAUUUGUUGAGUUGAUAUACAUUCUUCAGACAUUUGUUGACGUAAAGAUCAAUACUAGUUUGAGCUAUGUCAUUAGCAGUAUAUGCG